GCCCAAAUAUGCGCCGUACCAUGGCCCAGAUUAGUAUCCUGCUCUCAAAAUAAUUAGGUUACAGGAAGAGAAGUAUAAAAGGAGCAGCGCUGGAUGUCCUAAUAUAAUCCGUAGAAUUAUUCAGCUUCAAAUUCUUGUAACCCUGUUUACUUUUACGUGGAAUUCGUUUCUUCAUUCACAGAUUUACCCGCAUAAAGAUUAGAUAAAUAUUUUUUUCCCCAGUUCUCGGUUUCUAGAUCGCUGCGUUGAUUAUUUCAAGAUUCAAUUGGUUUCUGAACAUCAUAAGUUGGUUAAUUUAGUACUCAAUCCAAACUCCCAAUUUUUUGGAUUUUUUGAGUAAUUUGUACUAUAUUGAAGGUUUUGCGAACCUUGAGGUGUUUUUCAUGUGAUGGAUGAUAAUUUGGCGGAUCUUGAUUUGAACCAAGAACCCUUGGACCCACCUGUGAAUUCAGAUGCGAGAUUUGGAUCUAUGUUGAAUGAGUUGGACACUACCCAUGGUAGGAUAGAGGAUAGGAUUCGACAUCUUGAAGCUGUUACUGCUCGUACUAGGCAGCGCCAGAGGUGGCGUCAAUUGCGUAAUCCUGCGGAAAUAAGUGACUUUUCGGGUGAACAUGUGGUUGAUGUGGAUGGUGAGAGAGGCGCUGAGAGAGGAAGAGUUUGUAAAAGGGGUAGUUCCCAUUUGGUCGCAAAGGCUUUGGAGAUGGAUUCCGAUGUUAAGAAGGUUGAAAAGGAAGGAUGGAGCUUUUACGAUUGUAAUAUAUGCUUGGAGGUGGCGAGGGAGCCUGUCCUGACUUGCUGUGGUCACUUGUUUUGUUGGGUGUGCUUUUAUCAAGUUCCGUAUAUUGAUUCAACUUCCAAGGAAUGUCCAGUUUGUAAGGGAGAGGUAUCUGAUAGCACUGUUAUUCCUAUUUACGGGAACGGGGAGAGCGAACUUGUGUCUGAGUUGGAAUCUGGCUUGAAAAUACCUCCGAGGCCCAAAGCUCGGAGAGUUGAGAGUGCGAGGCAACAGCAAGUGACAAAUGGUUUAUCUCAUGGUCCAGUUGCAGAAGCAUUGAGGCGAAUUAGGAUUAGUAUUGGUACAAUGGAGGAUCAAACUGAGGAUGGGAGUCGUAAUUUAAGGUUUGAGUCUGAUGCUCCAGAGGUGCAAACUGGAGGGGCAGCUGGCGGCCGGCGGCGGCGCCGCCUUAGGGUCCAGCGGGUUUCAAGAGUAUUAUCCGAAAGUGCUGCUUCUCUUUCUUCUCUUUCAUCUGCUUUGAGUAAUGCUGAAAGGUUAGUCGAGGACCUUGAAACAGUUAUAAACAACCGUUUAUCGAGUGACACCCGGCGUUCAUCAGUUGAGAUAGGGAAUAAUCCUCGUACUAGUGAUUCUGCUAUCAUACAAUCAGAUCACCAAGCUCUAGAUUCUAGUGCGGCUAUUUCCUCUUCCCAAACAAGGGAUGUUCCUAGUGAUGAUGUACAAUUCCUGGCAAUGACGACUUUUGGUGAAAUCAAUUUGCCGACUGUACCUUCUUCUUCAACUACCCGUAGAAGAAGAGUUUUGUCUCGGGUUUCAAAUGCAGACAAUCAGGAUUCCCGUGAAUCCAGGAGGAGAAGAUUGAGCUGAGUGAUUACUGGCAGAAUAAGAAUGCUUCAUAUAGCUCGAUGCUAUGCCUACUGGGUCAUUGGCAUCUGAGAAUUGGAUAUGCACUCAACCAGAAGGUGAACUUUUUAACUACUUAGAUUCGAAGCGUGUUACUGGAUAUUUGAGGAAAGUGUAAGAUUACUGGAUGUUGCUGCUAUACCCUUCAGUAUUUUCUUCCCAUUGUGUUUGUUGACUGAUUUGUCACUCUUUUACAGUUUUACUGAUUUACAAAUUGCCCCUUUUUCUG